AUGGGUGACACCCACAGCAAGGCAGAGGGAGAGGAGAGGGCGAGGGAGGAGGUGGAGGCCUUGCUGGCACAGACGAAGCUGAGGGGUGAGGUGAAGGACAAGAUCAGGGCCAUCGCCAACAACACGGGUGGGGAUAAAUGGGCGAAGGCGUUGGCAGAGGCGCUCAAGGACAACACCUGCCUCAAAUGGCUCACCCUGUGGUACAACCGCAUCAGUGAUGAGGGCGCACUGGCGUUGGCGGAGGUGCUGAAGCACAACACAACCAUGACAGCACUCGGCCUGGAACACAACAACAUUGGUCCUGAGGGCGCUGUGGCGUUGGCGGACGCACUGAAGCACAACACGACGUUGACCGCACUCAUGUAA